CAGAGAACAGCAUGGAGCGGCGUAGCUUUCAUUGACUGGUGAGGAGAGCCUUUUCCCCCCGAAAGCAAAACGAGAAAAACAAAACAGCAGCUGCUCGACAAGAAAAAAGGGGCAGAAAUUUGACACGAGGAUGGAAAUAGAAAACAGGACAAAUGGAUUCGAGUACGCAGAGAGGAACGAUGUUAAGUCUGUGAACGGAUUCUAUGCAGAUCACUCUCUCGAGCCGGAGCAGGCUGAUGGGAUAGAUGGAAUGAAUGAAAAUCAUAUAGAUGAUCAGGCUGAUCAGCGAACUUGCCUUAUCUGUGGAGACAGAGCCACAGGCCUGCACUAUGGCAUCAUCUCCUGCGAGGGGUGUAAAGGGUUCUUCAAGCGCAGCAUCUGCAACAAGCGAGUCUACCGCUGCAGCAGGGACAAGAACUGUGAGAUGUCCCGCAAGCAGAGGAACAGGUGCCAGUACUGCCGGCUGCUCAAGUGUCUGCAGAUGGGGAUGAACCGCAAAGCAAUCAGAGAGGAUGGGAUGCCAGGAGGGAGAAACAAAAGUAUCGGGCCUGUCCAGAUAUCAGAUGAGGAGAUCGAACGAAUCAUGACUGGACAAGAAUUCAAAGAGGAGGCCAGCAUACCUGAGCAUACAUGGAGUAAUAAUGGCGACAGUGAUCACAGCUCGCCAGGCAACGGGGUGUCUGAGGGCAAUCAGCCUUCUCCUGCUUCAACUCUAUCAUCAAGUAGGUCUGCGGAGAUGAAUGGAUACACUGCUGCACUCAGGGAUCAGUACAUUGGCACUCCAAUGUCCUCGCACUACCAGUUCCUGCCACACCUUUUUAGCUACGCUGCCCAGUCGGGACUGCUGCCCCCCCAGGCACGGAGCUUGUACCCCCAAUCGCAAACCCUCAUUUCCCAGCUCGUAGCAGCCGAAGACCUGGAGCCUUUGAGUACACCUAUGCUGAUAGAAGACGGGUAUAAAGUCACACAGGUGGAGCUGUUUGCACUGCUGUGCCGACUGGCAGACGAGCUGCUCUUUCGACAGAUCGCCUGGAUCAAGAAGCUGCCCUUCUUCUGCGAGCUGUCCAUCGAGGACUACACCUGCCUUCUGAGCUCCACCUGGCAGGAGCUUAUCCUGCUGUCCUGCCUGACUGUCUACAGCCCACAGAUCUUUGGGGACCUGGCUGAUGUCACCUCCAAGUACACGCCUUCUGACGACGAGCUGCAUGGGUUUAGUGAGGAUGGAAUGGAAGUUAUGGAGCGUUUGAUAUAUCUCUUUCGCAAGUUUCAUCAGCUGAAGGUCAGCAACGAGGAAUAUGCCUGCAUGAAAGCCAUCAACUUCCUAAAUCAAGCAGAUAUCAGAGGUCUCACCAAUGUUUCCCAGCUGGAGCAACUGAACAAGCAGUACUGGUAUGUGUGCCAGGACUACACAGAGUACAAGUAUCCACACCAACCCAAAAGGUUCCCGGAGCUCAUGAUGUGUCUACCCGAGAUUCGCUGCAUAGCAGGGAAAAUGGUCAAUGUUCCUUUGGAGCAGUUGCCUCUCCUGUUUAAAGCAGUCCUGCACUCCUGUAAAUCCAGCCUCAACAGCUACAGGCCUAUGAAUUCUCCCUGCCUUAACGUGGGACCUGCGACAGGGAACUGAGCUCAUUGGAUCACCAGGAGCGACCUUGUGGGGUUGGGGAAUAACCCCUGUGAAUGUGACAAGCAGCUAUUUUUUACUAUUUUUUUCUUAUAUAUUUAUUACACGACAGAGCUGAAUGUAUGAUCUACAACACAGUGCACAUGCUUCUGUACAAAAAAAUAUGCAGAAAAUGCAUUGUUCUUGCAGUUUACAGUGUGUCCAAUGUUUAAUGUUACAGUGUUGCCAUUUUUAGGACUAGUUUUUAUAUUUUUAUUUUCUUUCUAAAUAUGGACUGAGAUAUAAUGAUUUGAUUGUUUUAAUGAAAGACUACCUCAGGAACACGAUAUUAUUUCAGGUACCAUUUUCCUCAAUAUCCCACACCCCUUUCCCAUCUGAUAAUUUGUUCUUGUUUUCUUUCAUGUAAAAUAGUUAAAACAUUAGGAAGCAGCCACUUUGUAGUUUGAAAGUAUUUUUUUUUUUGCUUUUAAAUGCCAAAGAUUCUGAAGGCCCGCGUUUGUCCUAUGAAGUUUGGUUUUAUAUCACAGGCCAGAGUAUUCUGUAAUUUACUUCUGCUUGUGUUUUUUUUUUUAACGGUUGGCUCACUCAUUUCUUUUGGAGUGUUUUACUUGGGGGAUCGUGGUUCUUUUUCAUCCGUGUUACACCCAGCGAAAAUGAAGCGGUGUGAUUAAACUACCACCAGAGAUAGGAGGAAGAGUAUAGGUGAUUCCAUGUUACUGAAGGGAACUGUGUUAGCAUACACAUCCUUCAUCCUGCAAGUGACCAUGUACUUCAUGGAAAAAUAAAUGACAGUUCUCUGUUUGCCUUUUGGAGCUUAGCUUAAAGCUCCGUGGUGGUUUAUUUAAGUAAUUUAACUUUGGAGUUGUCUGCAUACCAUCCACACAGACACAAUGUAUUGAUCUUAGAAAAAGCUGCAGGUCAUUUUAUCACUUCAAGAUAGAUUUGCAGGAGCACGGUGAACAGUCUGCAUUAUCCCCUUCUUUCUCUUGCAUGGGAAGCAGUUAUAAAGAAAGUCUUUUCCAGGUUGAGGUUGUAUGUUCGGUCAUUCCAUUUUUGGGUGGUGCGUUUCACUCUGACUAGUCAGCAUAAGUUGCUGCCCGUGAAUGGAAAAAAUAUCUAUAAUUCGUACAGAAUUACAGGAAGUGAUAACUUUGAAGUGUAGUGCCAGUUCAGCUUCUUGACUCUGAUGCUACCAGAACUGUUAAUUGCUGGUUAUCUUUCUGUCACAAAGGGGUGGAAGCAGUCUGUAAGAGCUAAAUAGGGUUAGAUCUUCACAGCCCGCAGCACCUCUCCCCCAAGCAAACUGCUUUUUAAAAACCAACAAAUAACCUGUUUGGGUUUUUUUUUGUUUUUGCCGAAAAAUAAGAAAAUACAAACUACAAAGUGGUUCCGUAAUAACAUCAGCUUCCUCCAAUUCCAAUGUGCAAUUCUACCUCAUUUACGUGUUAAAAUAAGGGUAUCUGGGCACAAAUAAUUUCGAAUGAAAACAAAAGAAGCAUUAAUAUUAAAAUACGGGUAUUUUGCAAAUUUCUUGGAUGGGAAAUGGGGAAAAAUAUUUUGUUUCCAUAGUUGACCAAAGUUGGCAGACGUUAUGCACAGUACUUCCAGGGUGCCUGAAGUGGUAAAAAUUGGCCUUGAGCUCAUGUGCUGUGCUGAAGGUCGCUCAGGAGAAUAUACUGCUAUUAGCAGACAUACCUCAGGCAUAGCUGGAAAGGUUCGGGAUAUAUAUCUACCUUUCUCAUACUGUUUUCUCUUCUGAUGGUUAUAGUGGGAUCACUCUUAUAUAUAAGGAUGUUUCACUAAGUAAGGACAGAAAGGCCUGAUAUUUUCACAUCGUGAUCGCAGUGUUAAACAGAUUAUUCAGUGUUUCCCAGCCCCUGUAUGGGAAUACACUUGUUCCAUGUCUCUACAAGUUUUCAUAUACCCAUUACAGAUUAGUUCUUCAGGUUGAAGCUGAAGUAGCCAAGACAGUAUGGAUUCCCUAAUAGCAUUAAUACCAGUGAAACCAAACUGAUUUCCAUCAUGAUUUCCCCCACCAAAUAUCCAGACCUGGACUUCUUUGUCACCACCAUUUAAAUGCUUCUUUCCAGACCCGAGUGAAAUCAGGUGCCUCCUCAGCUUGACUCUGUGGGACAAAUCAGUGCAUGGUUUCUAAUCACUCUGAGCCUCUGUGUAUCUCAUCUGGCAUUGUCCCACCAUUGUACAGAAGGCUAAAGAUGCUGCCAAUAUAAAAUCUAAGCGAGUAUUUCCUAUGUGGACAUUAUGACCUUUUAUUCAUGAUUUAUUCAUGAUGGAUAAAGUGUCCAGGAAGACAUCUCACUCUAUGUGAGACUCUAUAUGGACUUCACAAUGAAAGCUUUAGAAAUAAUCAGUAAAACUGUCUUUACUUACUGUAACACUCUUGUACUAAGUCAGGUUCAGUCUGGUUAUAAUGCUACAUUCUGGAUUUCACUCCCAACACUGCUCAGCUGAACCAGCUGGUUACUGGAUGAACUGGGCCAAUUUAACAGCUAUACCAGCUCUCCAUAUGCAGAUGGUUCCAGUGGACCUUGAAAAACUGCAACACACCUCAAUCCAGGGCAAAGAUUGAACCACCCCACUUGAUGGGUGACAAACAGUCUUGAUGGGUUUCAGACGUUAUUUGAACAGAAGAAUGUGCAUGUCUUCUUCUUUUUUUUUGGUUUAAAAAAAAAGACAUGUAUUCCAUCAAAUUGAACAGGAGCUGGAGCUGAAAAAAUCCCUGUUUCUGGAACUUCAAUACAAAUCAGAAUAACUUUGGAAAGUCCAUAUAAAAACAAAAUAGCCUUUGAUUCAGCAUACAGCUUUAGGCCAGUGCUUAUUAGUUGUGCUUUCAAUCAUUGUCUAAAGGACUGUAAGAACUCGAUGUUAAGCAGAGGCCAGUUUCUGAUGAUCUCAUAGGGCUGGCCAGACCUGUAAGUUUGUACUGUGGAAGAGAGACCAGUUUAGUUUGCUGCCUGGAGGUGAUUUACUGUGCCAUGACAGUAGGGCUGGGCCUGCUUGUAAGUUUCCUUUGGUCUUUUCUUUCUCAAGUCCUUUAAGACUUGUGUUUAAACAGGGUAAAGUGAAUGUGUUGUGUUGCAUUCUGAAGUUACUCAGGUAUUAUAAUGCUGAAGUACAGUAGAUUUAAGUAGUGGUAGUUUAUAAGGACAUGUAGGUCCUUUAGUAGGUGUUUCUUUUUUUUUAAACUUUGGGUUUGAAGGGUAUUUAGGAGUUAAUAUCAAUGCAAGAGCUUUAUGCGAUAAAAUGAACAACUUGGUCCACGUUUCACAAUGGGGAGGACACUUUCAGAGAUGUUUUGCCACGAGGGCUCCCGGUUUUCAGCGUUUCUUUGGGACCCCCUAAAUGUGCUUUGAAGUUGUCAGCAGUCACUGACGAGUUUCACAGAGGUGUUGAGUAGGUUGGAGUAGCAGCUUGUGUUUUUCUUGCAGGCGGUUACCGGGGAACUUCAGGAGAUGAACCACUGUCACUGGAAUGAUACUGCCCCUGAUGUACUGGUUUUCAUGUACCGGGACAACAGAUGUAGUAUCUAAAUUCUGUAUCCCUGUGUUAAACCUAAUGAAGGAAAACAAAGGCUAAAAAACCGGGGGCCCUAUUUACUUCUGAACUGGUUGGCAAACCAGUGAGUUCUAUUCAAGCACAGCGCGAGCAGCGAUCUGAAGCACGAAACCAAGCAACGUUGUGCUUUGUGAGGCUCGGUGCCGAUAAUUGUACCGUUUGAAAACAUUCCAAAAAGUGUUUACAAGUUGCACCAGACAAUGAAAAAAGUGCGUUUUCCGUGAUGUGCAUAUGUGCUGUGCCGUUAUCUUAAAACUAACGUAGCAAUUGCCCAAAGGUUUCGCUUCUCCGUGUAGCUUUUUUCCCUCUUCACACACCCACCUCCAUUUAUCCUAAAAGCUCGUCUUUUCAUAUUCACAAGAAUGUAGUGGCAGAACCAUCUUACAUCCGUUUGUUCCUUCAAAUCCUUUUCUUUUAAACUUGAAUUUUUUUUUAUCCUUUAAUAUUAACUGCUGUGAAUGUGUUUUUAAUGAAGUUCCUUUUUGGUUGCUUCCCUUAAGUGAAAAGGUCCUUGUUUGUUGUUGUUUUUUUUUAAUUCAUUUUAAUGCUGUCAAAGCUAGGUGUUUUUGAAGAUAUAUCUCAGUCUGUCUCAGGAUAAUAAGAGGCAAUCAUUCCUGCCUUGUAACGUAGGGCAGAAAGGAGGUGUGAAGAAGCGCUGGUAAAGUAAAUUAGUGUAUAUGAUGUAAACCCCAGUGCAGAUACAUGUUCAGCAACAGCAAGGGAGGGUUCUACAUGGGUCCACAGUGCCCUGCUUGUAGGGGACUUGCAGCUCAGGGAUCAGAUUUUAAAAUAUGACCCUUGAAGAACCAUGCCUUGUGUUGCUCGCUUCUUUCAUGAGUUGGUGAAGGAAGAAUCCAGUUUACUAGUUGAGCAAUGCCUACCUGGACGUUGUCACUAUAGACUGAAUGGAUUGACGAAGACUACAUAUUAAGACUACAGGAAACAAUUUCUCAUUCCUUCUUCUCUUUCCAGUUGGUGUCCUUCAUUUUUUAUUACACAGCAAGGUGAAGCAGUCUGGUAACUUGUGUUUUCCUGGCAGUGUUUUUUUUUGGUAGGACAAUAUCUAUGAACUCAAGUUUCCUAUUAUCCCAGCAGUCCGUAUGUCCUAUCAGUUUCUGCUGUCGCUGAAGUGUAGAGAGAUUAAUUUCCCUAGGUUUGAAGUCUGAUUUGCAUAAUCUCAGCCUUUUAUUUCAGAUGUGUUAUCACCCUGAGAAAACAAUGACUGAAGAGUAUAGCUAAUCAUUUUGCUUGCUUUUUAAUGCCGUUAAGUAGUAUUCGGCAGUUGUUUCUGAACCCACCUUUUCUUAGUGGUUUACAAAGUGGACUGUAAUUAAUACAGAGGCUGGAUCUGUAAUGUGCAUUUGUUUUUUUUUUGUUAUAGGUGAAGGAAGUGCUUUUAUCCAAAUACUAACACUGAGGGACAAUUUCUAAUGUCCUACCACUGAUUUCCAUAGGCUGUUAUAAUGUAAACCAAAUAUACAGUAAUAAAAGGAUAAGGACUAGAAUUAUGUGUUUAUUAUAUGCAGUUACUGUAUGUACAUCUUUAUCAAUAUCUUUAGAAACUUACAUUAAUCCUCAUUUCAUAAAUUAAAAGUAGAAGUUUCAAAAAUAAUUUUCUUAUUCAAAUGGUAACUGCUGUAUAUCUGAUGUGUCAGUAUUUUUUUUUAUGUAUGUGCAUUUUUUAGCUUUUUAACAACUGUUGAUUGUACCAGAAGAACAAAUCUUGCAGUGUUAUGUCUUUACUCCAUAGAUACACACCACUAGGAGCCUAUGUACAAGAUAGUUUGUAAAAUUCCUUCUCAAUCAUGUUUGUGAAAAGACAUUGCAUUCAUCAUUCCAGACACUCUGUAAUAAGAGAAAGUAAGCCUUAGAACAAAGCGAUUUACCAGGUCAUGUCACACUGUUGAUUCAGCCCAUAUGUUCUCUUACUGCUGACAAAUAUUAAUCCGAGAAACAAAGCUGCUCGCCUACCGUGCUUGGCUUAUGGAAAUCUGUAGUAAUGUCUUGUAAGGGUGGAGAACUAUCUUUAUUGAUUGGCACAGAAUUCAAUUGCACUUUUCUGCUGAAACUACCUCCUGUGGCAUCUUGCUGUUUGCUGUCGCAAAGGGACUACCUUUGGUUGGUUUAACACCAACUUCACCAGUGUCAGACUUUUGCAGUUUCUUUCAACCCUUUCUGCCAUUUUGGACGUGAAAAUCUUUAAGAUAUUUUCUUGCACCCUUUUAUGUUCUUACAUUGCUUCCCCUGCUUGAGCCUCUGUUACCAGGGCCUCGGGAACAGAAGGGUUUUUUUUAUGCCUGUGCUGAAGGUUUAUUGUUUUUUCCUGUGUAGCGCUCAUACGACUUUAACCAGCCACUAAGCGUGCAAAAUAAACGUUAUCUUCUGUAACAGUGGACAGCUAAGUGCAGUUAGUUGGUUAGAAGUGAGCUAACACUGAAUCAAAGUAAAAACAACCAAAGAUUUUAGGUUUUAAUUUUAGCUCACGUAUUUUAGAAACUUUGUUGUAUAGGUCAGUUAUUUCAGUUCGUUACAUCUAUAAAUCUUGUGUCUUAUUGUGAAAUACUGAACUUUCUUACUAUCGGGGCAAACAGCACUGGUUUGUACACAGCUAUAUGCCGCCUCUGCUAUGCAGGAAAAAAUCGGUGAUGGCUGGUGGAAAUUGCCACCUGAUGCCCCAGACCAGUUUCAGUGCUAUUCACCGUCAAACAAACAUUUCUCUUAUUAUACUGCAGGCUCAGUUCUGUAGUUGUACAGACUGAAAAAAGGAUUAACUAUAGACCUCAUUCUAUAUCUAAAUUCCCUACACCUAAACCCUUUGAGACUAUAUAUGCAAAAUAUGUUCAUUAUGGGGAAUUGUUCCAACAAAUGCGUUAAUGGCAGUAGAGUUACAAGCAAGCAAGCUAUUUCUUUUUAUGCACGGUUUUAUAUUCUGUUGGAUUUCCUUAAUGCAGUUUAGCGUUAUUAUGAUUUCUUCUCUGUUUUAAAUCAGUGUACAUAUGUUGUUCAUGGAUGAAUGAUCCAGAAAACAGGUUAACCAACAUUAUACACAUUCUUACUCUACUCUGAUUUGUCAGUAUUGUAUUUUGAGAGUUUGCUUGCUUUGUUAGUUUGUAUUUGUACAUCUUAGUCCCACGGAUGACCCCGGUGAACAUUUCAGUAUUUUCAUAAUUAUCCUUCUAUUUUUUAUUGUUAACCAUUACACAUGAAACCUAGCUUUAGAUACAUGCUCAAUAAAAAUAUAAAUGACAAGUAAUUCAUUUUGAGAAGUUAAAUGUCUUGUAUUCUAUAUAUUUUCUUUGCCACUGCUCUGUAAAGGUUGAUUUCUCUAAGAAUGUCAUUUCACUGCCCGUCAAGAUAUAUUUUUGCCGUUUUCAAAAUCUGAAACCUCGCUCUUCUGCUCCCACGACGCAUUCUUGCCAAUCAGCAUUAUUUUCUAAACUGUUACGGGUACACUGAUUGGUGGCUUCGAGUGUGUGUCACAGAGGAGGAGAUGAGCCGUUUCAAUUAAACAGCACAAAAAAGGAUCCCUGGAAGAAAUCAGGGAAAUGUGACGUCACUGCAGACAGGAAUUCUUUGAUAAUUGAAGUUACUAUGGUGAAAUAUGAAGCUUACCAUACACACAGAGCCGGAGAAGCAGAUUAAAAGUGUUAUCAGGCCAUAUUUUUUUUUUUUAAAAAAGGCUUUCCAGUCUAAUCCUUUGCAGUGCUUUCUUUCAUAUGGCCAGCAGCUCAAGUGUUGCACCAGAAGUGCUAUUUUAUCAAUGAAAUAGCUAUAUAGCUGGCUGUUGCAGAGUUAAGCAGUGGACUGGACUGGAAGAGCUUGGAAAUCGAGUAGCCCUACGAGAAAAACAUCGCUGUGGGUUGGCAUGGGACUUAACCUUUUCUUUAAAAAUAAUCAGUUCUUUAAAGUCUUUUCUCUCUCUCUCUGUGGAAAAAAAGAAAGCUGCAGACGACCAGAUAAAAAUUGAGAUGAGUUUUUUUUUUUUUAGUUUUAUUGACGAAUCUGUGUGAAUUGUCACCUGCUUGUUGAUUUUUUUUUAAUUGUGUGUAAUCCAUGCUUGACGGAGACAGCAGAAUGCUGCUCAUUGUCUCUGCAUUAUGGCUUUGUGAAAAUCUGCCUGCUCUGCUCUGUUUCUUAACUACCUGUGAAAAAUGUGACCAAUAAGUGUUUAAAAGCAUGUUUAGAAUGUGUUAGAACUUGAAACAAAAAAAAAAUAAAUGUGAAUCUUA